AUGAUCAUUGAGAAGGUACUUAGAUAUAUUAAUCCUCAGUUUGACUACAUCAUUGUAGCAAUUGAACAUUCUAAAGAUCUUAGCACCAUGAGAUUUGAAGAGCUGCAAAGCAGUCUAGAGGCACAAGAGUUGCGUCUGACUAAGAGAAACUCUGAAAUGGAGUUUGGCCACUCUGCUAUUGAUUGUUGGUCAAACAAGGAAAGGAAGUUAGAUGAAGCAAACAUAGUUAGAGGAGAUUCUGAUGAUGAACAUGUGCUAUUGAUGGCUUCUGAGUCUGAUAGUGCAUCUUUGAAAGACUGGUGGUACAUGGACACUAGUUGUUCAAAUCACCCCACUGGAAAUAAGAAAUGGCUAGUUGAGUUUGACUCUGGUAAGAAGACCAAGAUCAGAUGUGUUGAUGAUAAAUAUCUGAAUGCUGAAGGAAUAGGAAAUGUUAAAGUAGUUCUGAAUAAUGGUAAAACUGCAUUGAUUCAGAACGUGUGA